GAACACUCUUCAUUCCCUUAUUUCUUCACUCUUUCUCUUCUCAUGCUUCCCUCCUCUUCUCUUGUCUUUUUCACCUCCUCAAACUCAUCUCCCAAUGCAAUGCCUUGAUGACCAGAGAUCUCCUCUGCUGCAAUUGCAGCAUCAUCUUUACUAUGCCCCUAAUUUUACUUUCUCUUCCAAAUUUGACCUCUGGGAUGUCAACACUGAUUGUUGUUCUUGGGAAGGAGUCACUUGUGAUGCUUAUGGUCAUGUCCUUGGCAUUGAUCUUAGUUACAAAAACCUUUCAGGCACCUUCCACUCCAUAUUCGAUCUCCAUCAUCUUCAACGCCUUAAUCUUGCUGGAAACAACUUUAAUACCACUCUGUUUUCGUAUGGGUUUGAUAAACUCCAAAAUCUAACUCAUCUCAACCUUUCAAGCUCAUGUUUCCAUGGCCAAAUUCCAGUGGAGACCUCAUUCUUAAAAAGGUUAGUCUCUCUUGAUCUAUCCAAUCAAGAUUCUUGUUAUUUUAGAUAUUACAAAGUUCUCUACCCUGGCUUCUACAACUAUUACGAACCUCAACAGCCUCUUAAAUUAGAGAAUCCAAACUUCAAGACAUUAAUCAAGAAUUUGAGGUUUCUCACAGAGCUUUAUUUGGAUAGUGUGGACAUUUCAACUCAAAGUGCUAAAUGGUGUGAAACCACAUCUCUUGUACUUUCCAACCUGCGUGUGUUGAGUCUGUCAAACUGUGGUUUGAAAGGUCCGUUAUGUCCUUCACUCUCAAGACUCUCUUUUCUUUCCAAACUUAUCCUUGAUGGGAACCCAAUCUCUUAUUUACCUCCCAAUUUCUUGGAAAUUUCCUCUCGUUUGGUUUCUCUCAGUUUGAGUGGCUGCAAUUUGAAUGGGCAAUUUCCAACCGGAAUUCUCUUAUUGCCACAAAUUCAAAGCAUUCACAUUUCAUCUAAUGACCAACUUAAGGGUCAGUUGCCAGAAUUUCCAGCAAACAAUGCUUUACAGAGUUUGUUGCUUUCUUAUACAAAUUUCAGUGGAAAACUACCUCAAUCAAUUGGUAAUCUGAAGUUCUUGACAGAUUUAGAUCUUUAUUAUUGCAAUUUUUUUGGACCCAUUCCAUCGUCAAUUGCAAAUCUUAGUCACCUGGUGAACUUGGAUCUAAGUUCAAACAAGCUUUCUGGAUCAAUACAUUCUUCUUUAUUUACUCUUCCAUCGUUGAAGAUCUUGUAUCUUGGAGACAAUCAAUUGGUUGGGAAAAUUGAUGAGUUCCCCAAUGCAUCUUCUUCUUUGAUUCAAGCAUUAUAUGUAGGCAAUAAUUAUUUAACAGGACCAAUCCCGAAGUCAAUCCUUCAACUUCCAAGGCUUGAAGGGCUUUAUAUUGGAGAAAAUAGCUUCAGUUCCAUGAAGCUUGACAUGUUUGUCCAACUCAAGAACUUAAAGGGUCUCCACUUAUCCAACGUAAGCUUGUUAAGUGAAAGCGACAACAAAAGUCUUACUUUUCCCCAAUUAGAGAGCCUAAGCCUAAGGUCAUGCAACCUUACUGAAUUUCCAGAAUUCAUUAAAAGGCAAGACAAGUUGAAAUAUCUUGACCUUUCAAAUAAUAAAAUAAGUGGUGCAAUACCAAACUGGGUGUGGAAGAAAAGUUUGUGGUAUCUGUUUCUUGCUAAUAACCAUCUCUCAUCUUUGGACCAACUUUUACCCAAUCAGAGUUCACCUUCUUCACAAACCUCCUUGACUAGACCUAUUUGCAAUUUGAGUCAACUUAGAAAUUUCAAUGCAUCUCAUAACAAUUUGAGCGGCCCGAUUCCAAAUUGCUUAGGCAAAAUGAAUGAUCUCAAUUUGUUGGAUCUGCAAGGAAAUAGCUUCAGUGGAAUGUUACCAAAAUUUUCAAAAGCAACCCAAUUAUAUAUUCUCAAAGUUAGUGAGAAUAGAUUGGAAGGGAAGUUGCCUAGAUCAUUAGUGGAAUGCACUCUGCUUGAAGUUUUGGACGUGGGAAACAACAUGAUGAAUGAUACAUUCCCUUUUUGGUUGCAGAAAUUGCCUUACUUGAUGGUUCUAAUAUUGCGGGAAAACAGAUUUUAUGGUCAAAUUAAACAUUUCAAACAUAAAUUUGUUUUCCCAAAUUUGGAUGUGUUGGACAUUGCUUCAAACCAGUUUUCUGGUGAACUAUCCAUUAAUUUCCUUCAAACCACUCGACUAAGGUCACUCAAAAUAGGUGGGAAUAAAUUAGAAGGGAAGUUGUCGAGAUCAUUAGCCAAUUGUAAAGCACUUGAGGUUCUGGACCUUGGAAAUAAUAUGGUUCAUGAUACAUUCCCAUUUUGGUUAGAGAAACUGCCUUCUUUGAAGGUUCUCAUUUUGCGAGCAAACAGAUUCUACGGCACAAUUGCAGAAUUCAACACAGAACGUGGGUUUCCAAAGCUACGCAUAUUGGACAUUGGUUCCAACAAUUUUUCAGGCAACUUGUCCAUUGAAUUUUUGCUAAGCUUGAAGGCAAUGAUGCAGUUAAGAAAUGACGACAAAGCUAAGCUGGAUUACAUUGGAGAGGAUUAUUAUCAAGAUUCAGUAACAAUUUUCAACAAAGGGAUUGAAAUGUUCUACCAAAAAGUCUUGACAAUUCUUACUUGUCUCGACCUUUCCAACAAUAGUUUCCAUGGGAGAAUACCAGAAGAAAUACAAAUGCUGAGGUCACUCAAAGUGCUAAACUUGUCCUAUAAUAGCUUCUCCGGUGAAAUCCCGGUAGCACUUGGAAACCUAAAAGAUCUCGAGUCUUUGGAUCUCUCACAGAAUGAGCUGUCAGGGAAGAUUCCUCCACAACUUACAAGUUUAACUUUCUUAGCAGCAUUGAACUUGUCUUACAACCAACUUGAAGGAGCAUACCACAAAGCAACCAAUUCAUUACAUUUUCAAAUGAUUCCUACCAUGGGAACCCAAAAUUGUGUGGGCUGCCACUGUCAAGGAAAUGCAAUGAAGUUGGUCUUCCAAUGCCACCACCUCCAAGGGGAGAUGAAGAAUCAUGGUUAUAUGCUAUGACUACUUGGAAAAUUGCGUUGAUGGGUUAUGCUAAUGGAUUGGUCGUUGGGCUAUGUAUCGGAUAUACAGGGCUGAAUGAGUUGGGAAACAAAUGGGUUGACAGGCUCAAAAAACACGGGGAAAGAAACAAAAGAAGAUCUAGGUGACUCCAUCAGGAUUCAUUUUUUUUCAAAAUCAGCGGUUAUGCAGUGCACCACCUUAUUUCUUUUUUAUCUGUGGACAAAGUUAAAUAUCAUAUGGUAUUUGUACUUGUAGCUUGUAACAUUGACAUUCGUUUUUCAGUCUCUUCUAAUUUAAUGUUACCAUUUCGCAAUGCAGAA